UGCAGUGGGCGUUUGCUCUUUCAAGGCGGUAGUAUUUCCGGGUUAGGCCGUGAAACUUGCACAGAUCCCAGCUGGGUUGUCGGGGCAGUUGCUGGUUGGGAUAGCUUAGGACUGUUUUCCCGACUUUGGAAUCGGUGUUGGCGAAACAUUUCUUGGGUGGCCACGUUCACAGUGGCCUGGGUUGGUUACUUUGCACCUCCUAGCGUUCAUGUUUGUAGUAUACACCUCGUCAUCUUAUGUGUGACCCGUGAGCUCCUAGAGGUCAGGCACUGAAUCUGGAUCCGUCGGGUGCUUGUCGCAUAGCACAAACCCACCACUAAUUUGGUUCUUAAUGAAAGUCUGUGGAGGGGCGCCUGGGUGGCUCAGUCCAUUAAGCCUGGGACUUCAGCUCAGGUCAUGAUCUCACAGCUGGUGGGUUCCAGCCCCACGUGGGGCUCUGUGCUGACAGCUCAGAGCCUGGACCCUGCUUUGGAUUCUGUGUCUUCCUCUCUCUCUGUCUCUACCCCACUCGCACUCUGUCUCUCUGUGUCUGUUAAAAAUAAAAGUUAAAAAAAAAUUUUUUUUUUUUUAAUAAAAGUUUGCGGAAAGGAUUCUAGAGUUGCUGUUUUACCAGAUGCUGGUGCCAAGGAGCUGGCGUCAGCUGCCUAACUUGGCUGUGGUCCCUGGGCUGCAGGGAAGAGGGUAGGGUGAAGGAUUGUUAUCGUGAUUCUGUGACCUACUCAGAGAAACCCAAGGCCUCUUUCAUGCUCCCUCCCUCAAAGCCACUUGGCUUCUGUGGUUUUGAAUGUUUCUGCUGCACAGGAAGCACGGUCAGAACAGCAGCUUUGUCAGAAAUUACCUGUCUGUUCACUAGAGUAUGCAACUAUAUUAUCCUAAUGCGUCAAAUGGGAGUUUCCAUUUGUUUUCCAAGUUGCAGUCAGUGACUCCUGCAUUCCUUCCUUACUGCUUUUCAUAAACUGUACCCAGGAAGCGAUGUGAGAGAACGGUUCUUACCCCUAGAAAAUAAAACAUCCAGGUUUAAAACCCCCCAGAGAAAGCAGUUGGAAACAAGAUCUGGGGAUCCAAUUCUAAAUUUCACAUAAAUCAUUAAGUUAAACUGCAGAUGGAGUCUAAUAUUUGCAAGCCAAGUGCUGAAGUGCAUUUUUCCUCGGUGUCUUGGCUUAGUUACCAGUUCAGCUGAGGCAAAUGGCAUAUUUGCUAUCGAGUGUUCUGCACUUUCAUAGGACUAGUGACAUUUCAGUUGUAAAAACUACAGAUUAGUGUGGAUGGGAAUUUUUUCAAACCCAUCUGGACUUUUGGAACAGCACUGACAUCCAAUGGCUGCUCAAAGUAAUGCAGAGUGGGAAUCUUUUGAUUAAAAAAAAAAUCUUUGUGUCAGGAGGGAAUGAAAGAAUCAAUAAUUCCUUUAGAUCAACCAAAAAAAAAAAAAAAAAAAAAAAGACCACUGGAUUGCAGAGGAAAGAUCACAGGCAUUGAAACUAAAUCUGGAUUGGGGCGCCUGGGUGACUCGGUUGGUUGAGCAUCUGACUUCAGCUCAGGUCACGAUCUCACAAUUCAUGGGUUGCAAUCUCACAGUUCCUGGGUUGGUGGGUUUGAGUCCCACGUCGGGUUUUGCACUGACAGUGAGAAGCCUGCUUUAGAUUCUCUCUCUCUGGAUUAUAGUAAAUAGUAAAGCUACCUAUAAUUCUCUUAAUUUCCUCAAGUUACCAUUCCUUGAAUUUAUUUCACUACUGGUAGAGGUGGAGAUAAUAAUAUCUGUUUCACAGGGCCAUAAUUAUAGUUCUUCACACACUGCCUUCUCAUAGGAGUCCUUUUGUCAAUGUUUUAUUUCAUUCAAGGUGAGUAAAAUCAGAGUGGUAAAAGAUGAAAGUUAAUCUCAGUGUCCUUUUUCUGAGAAAUUGCUAGAAAGCAACAUAGCUAAGCAGAAAUUGUGCUUCACUGAGACAUCUGCAGCUUAACGCCUUGUGUCUUGUCUUCCCAUUUUCAUUCUUCAUGACUGCUAUAGUUGGUUGUGUUUUGGACCACAGACGUAGCCAGGCCCUGAAAAUCUAAAUGUGACUACUACUCUGCCCUGCUUUUAAUGGAUUUACAGUCUAUUCAGGAAAGCAGGGAAGCAUAAUUUCAGAUAAUUAAGUGAAUGAAGACAGCAAAACGAAUUGGGUGCUGGUUAACUGAUGGAAAUUUUAUGAAGGAAACUGCUUUUGUGGUCCCCAGCUUUAUGUGCACACACACGCAUACACAUACUCACAUACACUCACACACAGCAGGUUUUCUGAUGCUCCAGCCACACUGGAGGAAACAAGUGCAAAUCUGCCACUCCCAUGAAUUCAAGAUGAAUCCUGGCACAUAGUAGGAGUUCAAUUUUUUUCAAAGUUAAUUUUGAAUCUUUAUCACCCUGUCCAAUGCACUAACAGAACUCAAAUCCUACUACCCAUCUUUCUAUGUCCCAUUUUUAGAACCCUAACUUUUCAAAAAGAAAAGAAAAAAAAAAACUCACCAAAUCAAAAGAGAGGAAGUGCUAUGCAAAUACAGGAACCAAAAAGGGUUAUAGAGGCUGCUUCAUGCUGUUUCGUUCAGUUCCUUUGCAGUCCUCUUCAGCACAUGCUAAAACAGUUCCUCACAACCUGUGGGACCAGCGCAUCUUGGGGUGCGUGACAAUGGAAGAGUUAGAUGCCUUGUUGGAGGAACUGGAACGCUCCACUCUCCAGGACAGUGAUGAAUCCUCCAGCCCAGCUCCUCUUUCCCUGGAUCAGCAUUCCAGAAAGGAGACUGACCUUGCUGAGACUUCAGGUGUCCCUUCUGUUCAGAAUGAUACAAGUCCCUUGCUGGUACAGCUCGUGUAUACGACCCAUAUCCAGGAGCCCAAUAUCUACAGUGAGGUCCAAGAGCCAAACAAAGCCCAGCUGCCUCCUAAAACCUCAGCAGCUGCCCAGCUGGAUGAGCUUAUGGCCCAUCUGUGUGACAUGCAGACCCAGGUUGCAGCGAAAGCAGAUGCCAGCAAGAAGCACUUAGCAAACAAGCAGGAUCAGAAAGCCUCCCUGGACUCAAUGCUGGGGGGGUUGGAGCAGGACCUGCAGGACCUUGGAAUUGCCACAGUGCCCAAGGGCCACUGUGCUUCCUGUCAGAAGCCGAUUGCUGGCAAGGCGAUCCACGCUCUGGGGCAAGCGUGGCACCCGGAGCACUUCGUCUGCGCUCACUGCAAAGAGGAGAUUGGCUGCAGCCCCUUCUUCGAGCGCAGUGGCUUGGCCUACUGCCCCAAGGACUACCACCACCUUUUCUCCCCGCGCUGUGCUUACUGCGCUGCUCCCAUCCUGGACAAAGUGCUGACGGCAAUGAACCAGACCUGGCAUCCGGAGCAUUUCUUCUGCUCGCACUGCGGAGAGGUGUUCGGGGCGGAAGGCUUUCACGAGAAGGACAAGAAGCCGUACUGCCGGAAGGAUUUCUUAGCCAUGUUCUCACCCAAGUGUGGUGGCUGCAACCGCCCAGUGUUGGAAAACUACCUUUCAGCCAUGGACACCGUCUGGCACCCGGAAUGCUUUGUUUGUGGGGACUGCUUCAGCAGUUUUUCUGCUGGAUCCUUCUUUGAACUGGACGGACGUCCCUACUGUGAGCUGCAUUACCACCAGCGCCGAGGAACACUGUGCCGUGGGUGCGGGCAGCCCAUCACCGGCCGCUGCAUCAGUGCCAUGGGCCACAAGUUCCAUCCUGAGCACUUUGUCUGUGCUUUCUGCCUGACACAGUUGUCAAAAGGCGUCUUCAGGGAGCAGGAUGACAAGACCUACUGUCAACCCUGCUUCCACAAACUCUUCCCACUGUAAUCUCAGCUGACCCCACGGUCCCCGCAGAUCCCCUGUAAAGUUUAAACCAGGAGAGCAAAGAGUACUCUGUUAUUACCGCUCUUCUCAGUGGGCAUAGAGAGAAAGUAAAUAGAUCUAGAAAGAACCUUCUAGAUGUUACAUGGCUAGGCUUGCAGUCUUAGGUUUUAGAU